GCGAGGCGCGAGGCGUUCACCUGGAGGCAGCACAGCCUCUGGCCGCGGCUCCCCCCACCCCCGCCCCUGCACCCCGAGGCCAUGGAUGAGGAGCGCGCCCUCUACAUCGUCCGGGCCGGCGAGGCGGGGGCUAUCGAGCGGGUCCUGCGGGAUUACAGCGAGAAGCAUAGGGCUACUUUCAAAUUUGAAUCAACCGAUGAAGAUAAACGAAAGAAACUCUGCGAAGGCAUAUUUAAAGUCCUUGUAAAGGACAUCCCAACAACAUGUCAAGUGUCCUGCCUGGAAGUUCUCCGCAUUCUCUCUAGAGACAAAAAGAUUUUAGUUCCUGUUACAACCAAGGAAAACAUGCAGAUACUAUUGCGACUAGCCAAGCUAAACGAAUCAGAUGAUUCUUUGGAGAAUGUGUCUGAAUUUCCAGUUAUCGUGGAGUCAUUGAAAUGUCUGUGUAACAUAGUUUUCAAUAGUCAAAUGGCACAGCAGCUCAGUCUGGAACUUAAUCUUGCUGCAAAGCUUUGUAACCUCCUGAGACAGUGCAAGGACCGAAAAUUUAUUAAUGACAUUAAGUGCUUUGACUUGCGCUUGCUCUUCCUCUUGUCACUUUUGCACACCGACAUCAGGUCACAAUUGCGCUAUGAGCUCCAAGGACUACCGCUGCUAACCCAGAUUUUGGAAAGUGCCUUUAGCAUCAAGUGGACCGAUGAGUAUGAAUCGUCCAUAGACCAUAAUGGACCUCCUCUAUCAGCUCAGGAGACAGACUGUGCCAUUGAGGCCCUCAAAGCUCUCUUCAAUGUGACAGUAGACAGUUGGAAAGUACAAAAAGAGAGUGAUUCUCAUCAGUUUCGAGUCAUGGCAGCUGUCCUUCGCCAUUGUUUACUAAUUGUAGGUCCAACUGAAGACAAAACAGAAGAGCUGCACAGCAAUGCAGUCAACCUUUUAAGCAACGUUCCGGUCUCUUGUUUGGAUGUUCUCAUUUGUCCAUUAACCCAUGAAGAAACUGCACAAGAGGCAACAACGCUAGAUGAAAUGCCCAAUGAUAAGACAGAUGAGAAAGAAACAGUUUUGAAAAACAAUACCAUGGUAUACAAUGGUAUGAAUAUGGAGGCCAUUCAUGUUUUACUCAAUUUUAUGGAGAAAAGAAUAGACAAGGGAAGCAGCUAUAGAGAGGGUCUAACUCCAGUUCUCAGCUUAUUAACAGAAUGUUCUCGAGCCCAUCGAAACAUCAGAAAAUUUCUCAAAGAUCAGGUUUUACCACCACUAAGGGAUGUGACAAAUCGACCUGAAGUUGGCUCAACUAUGAGAAAUAAGCUGGUGCGCCUCAUGACACAUGUUGACCUCGGAGUCAAGCAAAUUGCUGCUGAAUUCCUAUUUGUCCUUUGUAAAGAGAGAGUGGAUAGUCUGCUGAAAUAUACUGGCUAUGGGAAUGCUGCAGGACUGUUGGCGGCCAGGGGCCUCUUGGCUGGAGGAAGAGGAGAUAAUUGGUACUCAGAGGACGAGGACACAGACACUGAAGAAUACAAAAAUGCAAAACCAAACAUUAAUCUUAUCACUGGUCAUUUAGAGGAACCAAUGCCAAACCCCAUAGAUGAAAUGACAGAAGAACAAAAAGAAUAUGAAGCCAUGAAACUUGUCAACAUGCUUGAUAAACUUUCCAGAGAGGAGUUGCUGAAGCCAAUGGGACUCAAGCCUGACGGCACAAUAACGCCUUUGGAGGAAGCACUCAGCCAGUACUCUGUCAUCGAAGAGACCAGCUCCGACACAGACUGAAAACAUCACCUGCUCAACUCUUCAUACUGCUUUCAUCAGCAUCUUUUCUCUGUAGCUCCAGGGGAAUCUUUUCUCUAAAACAUUUUUGCCCUUGCUUUGGCUAGAAACACAUUAACUGGUUUACUCAUUGAGGACCCAGCAUAUUUAAGACAUGAUCCUGUGUUUUUGCAAGACUGAGGCAUUCGUACAGAGCUGCAGGUAGACAGAGUUGCAUUGGCUAGCUGCAGAGGGGAAAUCAUUCCAUUUCAUCAGGAGGAAACCCAAGGACUUUUCACAAAGCAGCCUUGGCUGAAUCUGGCCAUUCUGUUUUGCUAAGAUUCUUAACAGAAGAUUCAGCCAUGUCCUCCCUCUGACUCGCAUGAGCUGCCCCCCCCACAGCUUUGUCAAACAGAGGGAGGCGUGAAAGAAGCAAAGGGAGUAGUGCUUAGUAAGGGCUGAGGCAAGCGCUGUGCAUGAUCAGGACUGACUGACGAGGUGGAAGCCAAGUGGCUGCUCCAUAAUCCUGCCCCACUCUCAGUUAAGUUUUCAAACAUACACACACACACACACACACACACACACACACACAC